CUCUGUCUUCCUCACCUUUUCUUCUACCCAUUUUCAUUCUAUUUCUGUUCUAACCAAAUCCCAAUCACUCUAUGUUCCUUCUUCAACCAUAGCUCUAAGAGUAUGGCUUCCAGCUCUGCUUUCAGAUCGUCGAGAACGCACCAGAGACAAGUCCCCGCUACUCACUCUCAUGGAUAUUCUUCUUCUUCUUCGCAUGCCACUUCAAAUUUGAAUUCAACUACUGCUCAUGGGCAAAUCCCGCCGCAGCCUGCUCGAUCUAGAACUCCUUCUGCUUCUCCCAGGCGGAUUCUCGCUCCGAGUAAUCAUACUGCUCGUUUGGAUGAUGAUGAACAAGAUUCUCAAAGGGUUAGAGUUGCUGUGCGACUUCGGCCAAAAAAUACUGAUGAAAUUCUUUCAGAUGCUGACUUUGCUGACCAUGUUGAAUUGCACCCGGAGCUGAAGCGGUUAAAGUUGAGAAAAAACAACUGGAGUUUUGAGUCUUAUAGAUUUGAUGAAGUUUUCACAGAAACUGCCUCUCAGAAGCGAGUUUAUGAGGUUGUUGCCAAACCUGUAGUUGAGAGUGUAUUGAGUGGAUAUAAUGGGACAAUUAUGGCUUAUGGUCAAACAGGUACUGGUAAAACUUACACGGUUGGAACAUUGGGUAAAGACGAUGCCUCAGAGCGUGGCAUUAUGGUUAGAGCUUUGGAAGACAUAAUUGCCAACACAUCCGCAUCUGAUAGUGUUGAAGUUUCCUAUUUACAGUUGUAUAUGGAGUCCAUACAUGAUUUACUUGCUCCAGAGAAAAGUGACAUUUCUAUACAUGAAGACCCAAAGAGCGGUGAAGUGUCAUUACCUGGUGUUGAAGUGGUUAAAGUUCAAGAUCUUGAUAGUUUCAUGCAGUUACUUGAACUAGGUGAGGUAAAUCGCCAUGUAGCUAACACAAAGCUGAACACAGAAUCCUCUCGGAGUCAUGUGAUUCUUAUGGUUCAAAUUCGCAGAUCUAUUCUUGGGAAAAAGGUAGAGGACACUACUUGUCAAGAUAAAAGCAUCAGCAAUGAUCUUUAUGUUGACAACAAGAAACCUAUGAUUCAGAAGAGCAAGUUGCUAAUUGUGGAUCUUGCAGGAUCUGAAAGGAUAGACAAAUCUGGAAGUGAAGGGCACUUGCUUGAAGAGGCUAAAUUCAUUAAUCUUUCUCUCACUUCACUUGGAAAAUGCAUAAAUGCAUUGGCCGAAAAAAGCCCGCACAUACCAACAAGAGAGUCCAAGCUUACAAGGCUACUUCGCGAUUCAUUUGGAGGGUCUUCAAGGACUUCUCUUAUUAUAACAAUUGGGCCUUCUGUGAAGUGCCAUGCAGAGACUUCUGGCACAGUAAUGUUCGGACAGCGAGCAAUGAAGAUUGUGAACAAGGUAAAGCUCAGAGAAGAAGUUGAUUAUGAAGCUUUAUGCCGUAAACUUGAAAAUCAAGUGGACCUUCUUACUGCAGAAGUUGAAAGGCAACAGAAGUUGAGAGAAAAUGAAAGACACAUGUUGGACAAGCAGCUCAAAGAAUGCCAAGGUGCUUUAAUUGAAACAAAGAAAAGUCUGCUUACAAGGUCUGAGUUUCUACAAAAGGAAAACAUGGAUUUGAAAGGGGAAUUAAAGGACAUUUUAAGCGAACUUAAAUGUCAGAAAGAUCAAAAUUGUUCGUUGCAUGAAGUGGCUGCAAAUCUGGAAAAGAAAUAUGAGCAACAACUCCGUGAAAAUUCUGCAAUUCAAGAAGUACUGGCAGAAACCACUCAGAUGUAUGAGAGGAAAAUUGCAGAGUUGAUUAAGCAGAUUGAAGACAGGCAUUCUUGUGAUGAACACGCUGCAAAAGAACUAGAUACGAUACAUAAGCUUCUAGAUGAUCAUCAAAAGUCAAUUCAGCAAAAAGAACUAGAGAACGCCGCAUGUCAAAGGGCUCUGGCUGAAACCACUAAAAUGCAUGAGAAACAAGUAAUGGAGCUAGUUAAACAGAUAGAAGAUGAGCACCGCCGAUUUGAAUGUGCACAGGAACAAUUAGACUUGGCAAAGGGACUCCUAAGUGAUCAGCAAGACUUAGCACAGAACCAGAAGCAGGGAGAGAUUGAUGAACUUCGGGCGAGAUUACAAGGAAUGUCCCAUUUACAUGAUGCUACUACAAAUGAACUCCAUUUGUUAAAAUCAAAAUAUCAAAAUCUAUUAGAGAGGGAGGUUACACUGAAUGAGGAACUUCAUGCCAUGAGGCAAAGACUCCUGACAGAAGAGGAGCAGAGAAAAGAUGUUGAAAAUGAGCUGUUUAAACUUAAGAAGAAUGUGUCUGAAACUGAGAAUGAUAUCAAGAAAGCUGUUUUGAAGGAAAGUAGCCAAAAUACAUUCAAUGAAGCUUUGGAGCAUGGAUCCCCUGUGAUGUCAAACAAGAUUAAACCAUCAAAGGAGACAAUCUCUAGUCAGAAGGCUGCCAUUGCAAAGAUAUGCAAAGAAGUGGGGUUUCAAAGAAUAUUAGAGUUAUUGAAGUCUGAGGACUCGGAUACCCAAAUCCAAGCUCUAAAGGUGAUAGCCAAUCUGGCUGCUGAAGGUACAGGACAUGAAAUGAUGCCAUUCUCUCCUUUAUCUCUUGAUUAGAAAUGGA